AUGUUGCUGAAUCAAACCUUCGGGAAUGCCUUGAUCGAUCAACGACCGGAUCGAAGCCAGAGACCUAGAGGCUCCGGAGUCCGCGAUCCACUCGACAUCGAAGAUGGAAAGUGCAGACUACCACAUGGCUUUGCCUUAUCUACAGACUCUGGCACAAUCAACGACGACAGAGCGGCAACUGAUGCAAAGAAUGCCUUGAAAGGAUACAUGCUAAAGGCUUUGCCUAUUGAUGACGUGCUGGUCCUUGACGCCUCGGCUCCUCGAAAGCUUCUAGCGAGCAGCGUGGCCACGGCAGCCUUGGCGGGGGCUUUUGCAGGUGAAGCCUUUGACUCCGCCUUACCCUUUGGUGCUCCUUCAUGCAAGAACGGACAUGUGUCACCUUGA